UAUAAUGAAAUUUAUCGUUCGCCGACCCUAGUAUUUUAUUUCUCAUACAACGUCUCAACGGUCGCCUGUAACGCGAUAUCGACUCUCUUGGGAGAAAGUAAAUUUAUAUUCCACAUUCGUAACGUGAGCUUGGGAUGCCUGUGGUAUGAUGAGUUACAGAGUUACAGAGGAGGCCCCAAGCCCUACCCCCCACUCCUUCCCCGUUCGCAGAAAGAACAAGAAGAAGAAGCAGCAGCAGCAGCAGCAGCAGCAGCCGGAUAUGAAUAGGGUUAAGAUUAACCUGGUAUCAACUUCCGGCUAUUAA